AUGCGAACCACCGCCUCCCAUGCCCGCGUCUGGGCGAACGCCGCUUUCGAUGCCUCCGUAACGACACGCUCCGUACACCUAGAUUGCGCAUCCGCCGGGUGCCCAUAUCGAAGCGGGCUCGACGUGUCUAGAAAAAGACCACGCCAUGGGCCCCUCGUGCAGAGGAGCUCGUUCCAUGCCACCGCGCGGAGACCAAUGGAGACGCCCGCCAGCACUGCAGAAGACUCGAUUGCGACGGGCCUUCCAGAUCGAACUCCCACACUACCUUCGUUCGACGGCUUCUCUAUCACGAAGAUAACCCCAGGACGAGGUGCCGAUGCCGUAGACUGGCUCCUCCAAGAUCUCCUCCCCCCUACCCCCAACCGCACCUCCACCACCCCCUCUCCCUUCUCCCCCUCCAAACCCCAACCCCACCACCCCCCUUCCAUCCCCCCCAUCGUCGGCCGCCACCUCCUCUCCCUCGCCACCACCGUCCCCCACGCCAAAUCCCCCAUCGAAUACGAAGGUGCCUACAUCCCCCCCCUCACCGCCCAAACCAGCUGGGGCCCCUGGCCGUGGUUCUCCCCCGCGUCCACCACCUCCUCCUCCCCACCGCUCCCGCCCGCCGACCGCCUCGACGCCGAAAUCCGCGCCUUUGCCGCCUACAUCCAACCCACCCCAGCCGAGCGCACGGCACGCACGCACGUGAUCCGCGCGAUGAGCCGGGUUCUCCACUCGCUGUUCCCCGCGCGGCCGGUCGACACGUUCGGGUCAGAGGCGACGGGGUUGAGCGCGGCGGUGUCGGACAUCGACAUGAACCUCGGGCUGAAAGACGCGGAGCGUAGGGCGCUGGAGAACGGGACGAUGACGGCCACGGCGGGGAAGGAGAAGUUAAGGAGUUGUCUGGGGCGGUUGAAGGAUGUGUUGGAACGGUCGGGGGAGUGGGAGGGAGUGGAGAUUCAUUGGGCGCGGUAUCCAUUGGUGGAUGCGUUGCAUCGGCCGUCGGGGCUAAAGGUGCAGGUGACGGGGUCGCUGGUGCCGGGCGCGCGGAAACGGCAGAUGGACGCGGUGAGGCAGUUGCUGGGGGGGUGUCCGGCGCUGCGGGAGGUGUUUUUGGUGCUGCGGACGACGCUGGAGGUGAGGGGGUUGAUGACGGUGCAUGAGGGUGGGAUGGGGUCGUAUUCGCUGUUCAUGAUGGCCGCGGCGUGUAGUCAAAUGAUGCCGGAUAUGAACCCCGCGCAGUUGCUGAUGAAGGUGCUGCGGUACUGGCAUCAGAACAAUACGUACAAAUAUGGGGCGUCGGUACUGCCGCCGGGGGUGAUUGAAAAGGGGGAUCCGAAGAGCAAGGCAGCGAAGACGAUGGGGAAGAUCGAAAAACGGUCGCUCGUCGACCCUCAGUACCCGUACUUACUCUACCUCCAAGAUCCCGCGGACCCGUCCAACGAUCUCGGCUUCAAGGCCAUCGCGAUCAAACACAUCCGAACCACUUUCGGCUACCUGUUGAAGCGACUCGAGCACAGUCUCACGGAGCAUGAGCAAGGCCGCGGGGACCGUCCGAUGCUGGUGACGAUGGUCGGGGCCUGCGAACCCAUCUACAAGAAGGAGCGCGUGUUGCUCGAGCGGUUCGGAGCGUCGUCCGGCGGGUUGGAGGCGUCGUCACCGAAAUCAAAUCUCUCACCGAUCAGACGGUUUCGUCCCACCGCAAUGGGCGGACUGGCGGCAGAUUUCACAGCACUGCGGUUUUGA